AUCAUUUUUUGUCGAAAGCACUAACUUUUAUGCAAACAAAUGGAGAUGCAAAAAGAACUCAUUUCCUUUUAAGAAAAGUCAUUAAAGGUUUCGUUAAUUGUUUGUUCAAUUUGAAAAUGAAAUUUUCAUAAGGCCUGCAUAUUAUAUUUAUGACUUGGUGGAUAAGUAAUACAAAUCUCAAGACUGUAUGAAAUUUGUUCCCUAGUCGCGCUAAAAUAACCUCCGUAACCGUCGAUUUAAUCCAUCAUGCGCAAUUUCGAUACUAAUGUCACUAAAAGGAAACACUGUCCAAAACUGAAUGUCAAAGAUUUCUGCCAAUUGUAAGUCUCUCAGACUAAAUUUACAUCCAAGCAGAUUUAUAAAUUAUUCUGAAGAAGAAUGCCAGUAACAAACCAAAGAAAUGAGAUUAUUCUGAGAGGGGAAGCCACCCUGCACGAAAGUGAAGCACGAACAAAAAAUCCCAAGAUUGAUGGGCCAGACACAAAUAAUGGCAAUUGUGAAGGACUGAGAUCGUUCGCCCAGGAUACCACUCUCCACGGAGCCAGAUUUUUGUUCUCUGACAGCUUUUUCAGAAGACUGGUUUGGUUGGGGAUGAUACUAGCGUGUUUCAGCUUCUGCGCUCAUCAAGUCAACAUUUGUUUAAAGCAGUAUUCCCUUUAUCCUUUCAACACGAAAAUGACAACCAACUUUCGUACAGAUGGCAGUCAGCUUCCCUUCCCGGCUGUAACCUUGUGCAAUCUCAAUCCUUUUAAUACUCGAAGAUACAGACGAUAUGUAGGAGUAAAUUCUAGUGAAGGUGAGAUCGAAAGACAAAUUCAAGAUAUAUCUCUCCUGACGACGAGAUCAGAUGAUAUUUCGAAGGGAGACUUUGAAAAACGCCACGACGGGCUUUUUUAUCGUCCAAAAACGGCAAGCUAAACCAACCCUCAUGCAAUGAAAUUUAGUCAUCAGAUUGAAGACAUGCUUUUACCAAAGGGCCACCAGCUUCAUCCUUGUUCCAUCAAUGGAAAGAAAUGCGACGUAAACAACUUCACAAGCUUCCUUAAUCAACUUUUUAAGAAAUGCUACACAUUCAAUGCAGCAAAAAGUGACAGGCCAGUGUUAAAUGCUUCAUUUGCCGGCCAGCAAAGCGGUUUGAAGCUACGACUUAACAUCGAACGUGAGAGGUAUCUACCAAAUUUGUUGUGGCCUUCUGUUGGAAUCAUAAUUCUUAUCCACGACCAAAACAGCUUUCCCAUUAUUGAGGAGUUUGGAAUUACUGUUCCACCAGGGAUGUCUACUACGUGUGCUAUACGUAGGAGAAACAUUACAAACCUGCCACACCCGUACAGCACCAAGUGUAAAGAAGGGACCCUUGAAGCGUUCAACGGAGCCUCUCAGAUUGCUUACAGCAAACAGGCCUGUCUUAUAAAAUGUCGCAAUAAGUACACUAUCAAAACUUGCAACUGUACACCAACAAAAUUCAAAGCCGAUCCCGGAGUUCCCUUCUGUGCGCCGAUUGAAGAAGCUACUUGUGUUUACAAGUCUCUUGAGGAGUUUGGCAACUCAGAUGAAAGGAAGACAUGCGAGAAGGAAUGCCCUGAGCCCUGUAAUCAAAUCGAGUACAAGACUUCAAUCUCAUACAGUGGACUGCAGAGGGGAGCUCUAAUUCAACAUCUCAUGUCCUUCCUAAAUGGAACUGAGAAAUCAUCAGUCGAUCGAUCGAUUUACGAGCCUCUGUUGAAUAUGACGAAAGCUGAAAGGGAAAAAUACAUUGAUGACAACAUAAUUUCAUUGGAUAUCUAUUUUGAAGACCUAAGUGUCGACAUUAUUACACAGACUCCACUCUAUGAGACUUGGGCUCUAAUCGGAAACUUAGGAGGGACUUUUGGUCUGUUCUUGGGAAUGAGUUGCCUCACUCUUUUUGAGUUUGUGGAUUUCGCGUUCAGGAAAAUUGCUCAUUUGGCUAAAGGCGACCGGGGUAAAAGAGCCGUCAAUGUCCAGUACCAAACUGAAUAGCACAACUUUGCGGAUUACGAGUAAAUGAGAUGUUGUUAUCUCGUUUAAAAAAUUACGUGUAAAUUUACGCAAUCCACUCCCCCACUGCAGCUAACGCUUCUUGCUCUUCCAGUACAGCUACCUUCGGAAAAAUUCCUAUGGAGCUACCAACAACGAAAGCUCUGUUGUUCGAUGCUUAAUUCUGCUUGCAAAUUUGAGACAGUGCACCACUGCCCCUAUGUUACACAAUGUUUGGUGAUCGUGGGAAUAGCCAUCUCGGUGCUCGUGAUGUCAGGCCUUUGAAGCAGUUUAAGCUCUAGAUAUUCUCAUCCUUAAAAAAUUAUAAAAUAUAAUUGCGAUAAUAAUGAUGGACUUCACCUUUAAUUUUAAUAAAAUUAAGAGCGACUCAAGCAGGGAAGUUAAUGCUGAGCAAAGCACCAAGCAGUGCAAAUAUCCAUUUAUUUAACUUAUCUAUAAAAUGACGUAUUUCUAGACAGUCCGAUUCAGUGCUUUCUCCCCAUACAUCACCAGAUUGCCCGAUUGAGGCAACGUGGUUUUCAAUGAUUAACCUAUUAAUUUUCAUAGUCCCUGCACAAUGAUCAGUGUGUUCUUAACCAAAGAGGGAACGCACUAUUCACGACAAUUCCUAUUCAUUAAAAUAAUAAUUUGAAUUUCCAUAUACAUAAUUAAACGCUCUGCACAUAAUUUUACUUUAAGAAUGUACCACUUCAGUAGUGCAAGGUAGUGUCGCGCACUUCUGAUUAAUGAAGCUGUUAUCAGUUACAAAAUAUGAACUACAACCUUUGUAUAGUUUCAAAGAAGUUUCAUUUUAGCUGAACUUUCGUUUGACAUAAUGGUAAUUUAUCUCUGUUGGAACCCCUGUAAAAUCUCUGUUGAAACCACUGUAAAAUCAUCCUGCAUCUUUUAGAAAAAUAAACCUCACUACAUUAUUCAA